GUCGUCUCCGAUGCGUCAAGCUGUAAUCCAUCCUAACGUUCAAAGUUUAUCAACUGAAUUAUAUUUGAAAUAUGUUUAAAGUAUUAACAAAUGCCAUUCGUUCAGAAACAAUUCGAAGAGUAAAAUUUAAAAGAGUUAGAAGAUAUAGCAGUCAGGAAAUACAAAACAGAUAUACAAAAAGGAUAUUCUCCGGAAUUCAGCCUACAGGAAAUGUGCAUUUAGGAAAUUAUUUUGGCGCUAUUCAAAAGUGGGUGCAGUUGCAAAAUUCUGGUGAAGAAGUUUUAUGCAGCAUAGCAGAUUUGCAUUCAAUUACUUUGCCGCAAGAUCCAAAGAAAUUGAGAGAAAAUACUCUACUAACAGCUGCAACAUUGAUAGCUUGUGGUGUAGACUUCAAGAGAAGUAUACUUUUUCAACAAUCCAAAGUGCCAAUGCACACUGAAUUAUGCUGGAUAUUAGGUAGCAUCACCACUAUGGCCAGGCUGGCUCAUUUACCACAAUUCAAGGAAAAGAGUGAAGCAUUGAAAAAUAUUCCUCUAGGUUUAUAUAUUUAUCCUGUACUGCAGGCAGCUGAUAUAUUAUUGUACAAAGCAACACAUGUUCCAGUAGGACAGGAUCAGGCUCAACAUAUACAACUGGCACAGGAUUUAGCACAAAUAUUUAAUAGAAAAUUUGGACAAACCUUCCCAAAACCACAUACUCUUAUCAGUGAUGGCCCAAGCCAAAGAAUUAAAUCUUUACGUGAUCCUACGAAAAAAAUGUCCAAAUCACAGAUAGAUCCGAAGUCUAGAUUGGAUAUCUUAGAUGAACCUGAUGUAUUAUUGGAAAAAAUAAAGAAGUCCCUGACUGAUUUUACUUCAGAAGUAACAUAUGAACCCGAACAACGGGCAGGUGUGGCUAAUUUAAUCAAUAUUCAUUCUUUGUUUACGGGGAAAACACCGGAAGAAAUAUGUAAAGAAGCUGCAGGUUUGAAUACAGGACAGUAUAAACUAGUAUUAGCGGAUAUAGUAAUAGAAAAAUUAUCUCCAAUUCGUAAUGAUAUAUUAAAACUGCUCAAAGACCCUGUCUACUUAGAUGAAAUUUUAAAAGAGGGUAAUGAAAGAGCUAUAGAACUUGCGACGCAUUGUUGGAAGGAAGUUGCGGAUAAAGUGUUUGGUACAGAUACAAUACUAGGUGUAAACAUGAUAAAAAAUACUGUAAAUGUUAUGUAAU